GAAUUAUGGCAUCUUGGGAGGAACCGUACGAUGUUGUUGAAGCUGCACUCACUCAUAUUGGUUCGUUUCCAAAGAAUCCGCCAUCAAUUAUCAUCGAUUUCGGAUUCGGGUUUGUAAAAGUUGGAUUCACUGGAGUCCUAAAGUUUCCAUUGGAAUAUCAGACUGAUACGUUACAUCCUCAUCUCCCACAGCGCAGCACAAAUCCACCCAAAGAUUCUAAGUAUUUGGCGACUCUACUAGAAGGAGAUCCUGGAGAAUCGAAAUCAGUUGAACAGACGUAUCAUUUUCGACUGGAGAUAAUGAAGAGGAUCUACGAAAAAUUUGGAGUUGAUCCCAAAAACUAUUCAGUGAUACUUACUGUACGUGAGCAUGACAGAGACUUACGUACAAUGAUGGCCGACAUAAUGUUCAACGAAUUGCAAGUGCCUGCAUUGUAUAUGGCAAACGAAACCGCUCUCUCGUUACUCUACUAUCGAAAAUCCACGGGCAUCGUAGUACUCUGCGGUCACACGAAUACGAGCAUCGUCGCCUUCCAAGAUUGCAAACGUCUUCCGCAUGAUAUCCUGCUGGAAUACGGUUGGAGUAAUAUCAACGGACAAUUGAUGUCACGGUUUGGUAGGGCACCGUCCGGGGUCGUCACCGAUCAUACGACUCAACCAUUCGACAGGAUCAGCUACGCCAGACGAAACGCACUGAUAAUAAAUCGAGAUUACAUCAAGAGAAGAGAUAUAGAGAAAUUCGUAGCCUACCGUACAGUGCAAGAAGAUAUCAUUGACCCAAAGGUUUCAGACUCAGUGUAUGAUCAGAAAGUAUCUUGUGACGGCUUCUUUUCGCCUCAUUCCCUGGAUCUCCAAUCGGAUCAACUAGAUAACCAAAAAUGUAUUGGAAUUCAAGACGCGGUGUUCAAUGUCGUCAAAAACCAAACAAGCCCAAAAAGAGGUCAACUCCUCAACACUGUAGUUCUCUGCGGUGGAGGCUCAAUGUUACCCUCGCUUGCAGAAAGAUUAUGGACAGAACUCGACCAAGUCUCGGGCAGAUGGAGAAAAGAAGAAAAUCUUCCAAUUCCGACAGGCGAAGUCAGCGUCUUUGUAAAACCUCAUCGUCAAUACAGCGGAUGGUUAGGUGCGAACGUGAUCGCUCAUACGGAGAAUUUUGAGAAGGAAUUCAUGAUCCAGAGAUCAACAUAUUGUACAGAGGGAGACAAAUGUCUGUCCUUCUCGGACAACUCUCUACCACUCAACAAAUACUGGUACUAGAUGAAAGUCAUGAAUAGCGUUGGACUGACAUGGUUAGUUGCUCAACCA